UGACAGCACAAAGAAGUCGGCCAUUUUAUUACUGCCUGAAGAACGGAGGGAGAAGCGAAGGCUUCCCAAGCGCAGCUUUAAAGUAGUUUUUGAAUUGUUUUUAUUUUGUGAAACACACAUUAUACCACGUACAAACAAGUAUACGUAUGUAGUGUAAGUUUUAGGUGAAUUUAUGUAUUGAGUGUUAGAAAAUGGACGAUCCGAACAGAAUGAUGGCGCAUAGCGGUGGUCUCAUGGGACCUCAAGGCUAUGGUCUUCCCGGAGGCGAUGGGGCUCCUGCUACGGGUGAUGGUGAGGCGCGUAAGCAAGACAUUGGUGAAAUAUUACAACAAAUAAUGAACAUCACUGAUCAAAGUCUGGAUGAGGCACAAGCACGGAAACACACGCUUAAUUGUCACAGAAUGAAGCCAGCGCUUUUUUCAGUUUUAUGCGAAAUUAAAGAAAAAACAGUUUUGUCACUCCGGAAUACCCAAGAAGAAGAGCCUCCAGAUCCUCAACUGAUGCGUCUAGAUAACAUGCUGAUAGCUGAGGGGGUCGCAGGUCCUGAGAAGGGUGGUGGAGCUGGUGCAGCAGCAUCUGCUUCAGCUGCAGCAGGAGAAUGGGGCACUGUGGCCCAAGCAGAUAACGCGAUCGAGCAUUCCGACUACCGUGCGAAGCUGGCGCAGAUCCGUCAAAUCUACCACCAGGAGCUCGACAAGUACGAGAAUGCUUGCAACGAGUUCACUACUCACGUCAUGAACCUCCUUCGAGAGCAGAGUCGUACGCGUCCCAUCACGCCUAAGGAGAUAGAGCGCAUGGUACAGAUCAUACAUAAGAAGUUCAGCUCCAUCCAGAUGCAGUUAAAGCAGUCCACUUGUGAGGCUGUUAUGAUUCUACGUUCACGUUUCCUGGACGCUCGCCGAAAACGGCGCAACUUCAGCAAGCAGGCAUCCGAGAUCCUGAAUGAAUAUUUCUACUCACACCUGUCCAACCCCUACCCGAGUGAGGAGGCCAAGGAGGAGCUGGCGCGCAAGUGCGGCAUCACCGUGUCCCAGGUGUCCAAUUGGUUCGGCAACAAGCGCAUUCGCUACAAGAAGAACAUCGGCAAGGCACAAGAAGAGGCGAAUCUCUACGCCGCCAAGAAAGCCGCCGACCUGUCUUGGGCGGGCGCGGGCAGGCGCGAUGCGCGCUCUCCGGCCGGCCUCGCCUCAUACAACACGGCGGGUGCGUCUCCGUACUCGAUGGGGGCGGCGUCGGGCACGGCCACGCCCAUGAUGUCUCCGGCGCCCACGCAGGACUCCAUGGGCUACUCGCUGCCGGCGCCGCCGUACGACCAACCGCAGCCGCCCUACGACGCGUCCAUGGCCUAUGACCCCAUGCACCAGGACCUGUCGCCCUAGGCGGACUCGGAUGCAAGGCAUAAUCGUGCAGCUUCCACAAAAUUGCCAUUAAUGUAAUGCGGCACCGAGCGGCAACGCCGCGCCCUAGCUCGUAGGACGUUGUAUACUAAUCCCACACUGUUCUUAGAAUAUAUGCGAUUUUUUUUAUCGAAAAUGUAUAAUUUAACUUGUAUUAUUUACAAUUUAACUAUGUUAUUGUCCAGUAUUUAUUAACAUUUUUUAAUGUAAUUCAUAAAGGCAGCUCUCAAAAGUAUUAUUUUCGUUUGGCCCAGUGAUUUCUAAAGUAAUUAUUUGGCAGUAUUAACCACGAAAGCGAGUGGAGGGAUCUCGUUCAUAAGUUCACUAAAUAAUCCUCACUACGGUGAAUAUAAAUAUACGAUAGUUUUAAGAUAAUGUAGUGUAAUGUUUAUCUGUAAGCGUUCAGGUAUUUGCUGGCUAGUGUUCGACGCAGGCGAGACUGAGGGUCGAGCGACGCUACAACUCACUGUGCGCACGAUAGCGAAACGAAGCGUUCCUUUUUACAAAUUAUACUAUUUAUAUACACUUGUUCACUAAUCGACUCAGAUACAAAACUUGUGCUUAAAGUUCAACAUAACGACGUGAUCACCUGCUUCGAAAUCAGCAUCAACGAAGUAAGAUAAUGCUUAGUACACGAGUAUUUGUAGUUUUGUAUCUGGGACGGUGUAUGAACGAUUGAAAUUCCUAUCAUAAUUAUGUUUUUUUAAAACUAUGUUUUUGUAGUGAGUAGUAUCCGUCGGUCGGUUUUCUUCAGCUGUGCCGGUAUAGUGUGCAAUUUUAUAAUUUUAUUAGAGGGUUGUGGUCGGCGCACACGCAGUAUACAAUCCAUACACGCGAAGAUCUAUCAGCAGAUAGAAAUUUUAUCCAUUUAUAUAAUCAUGUAUUAUUUUGUCAUUGCUAUUCGGAUUUUGUGAAUAUCAGAACGAUAAAUAUAUAUUUUAUUUUAUGUGGUGCUAACGAUGUUGCUGGCACAAAAUUUUAUUUUUUUCAUUUAGUAUAUAAGUUAAUGUUAAUGGUUUCUAUUUUUUUAUUUGAUUUCGUCGUUCUCGAUCAACGAAGCGUGCAGAUAAUAUAUUAUACGAGUGAAAUUAAAUUGAUUGUUCCACUUAGAGAUAGUUCGGUUAUAAAAUUUUUAGGAAUAAGUCUAUGUGUUCUAAAUCAAGAUAUCUGAAACAGUAUACGAAAAAAGAUAAAUUUAAUUGGAGUUAAAUGUCAGUGGAACACUAACUGCAGCACGCCGCUGCUUUGUCCCUACGAUGUAACUAACGGAAAAUAUUUAUACGAUUUUCGUAAUAGAUUUUAAUGAGAUUUCGAUAGAUAUAGUGAUACGAUAAGAGUCAGCGGCGUGGACACAUGUAUACGACGACGAGUUCAAUGUUAUUGCGACCAUCAGAUUGAUUAAAUUACAUUUUUGUGUAGUUAA